ACCGUGCACGCGCCGCCCGCUCCACAUCGUGUGUCUCUCCCAGUGAUUGGUGGGAAGUCGCUGUGGGAAAUAAACUUUGGGAAAUUUCACACGAGCUGUUCGCGUGCAGUUCGAACGACAUAAAUAAGAGCUGGUGAAACGAGAGGCUAUCUGUCAGAUUCGCUCAACGCACCGUGGAGGCAACCGAGUAGAGGCGCCAGCAUAUAACUUUCUGAACGGAAUUUCCAAACUUGCCUGAAAACAGGACGCCACAAAAGAUUUCGACAAAUUUCUUCGGACUAUAUGUGUGUCAAUCGCUGUGAAGCAUCUUACAAAGUUUACUACGGGAGGCGUGUUAAAAGCUGAACUAUGCCAACGGAUAACAUGGAGAAAUCAUCCGCGUCUCCUGUUGCUGCUACACCGGCACAUUUAGUAACGACCUCUACUAUUCCCAAGACCGCAUCGGAGCGCAGAAAGUCAUCCAAACCCAUCGUGGAGAAAAGAAGACGGGCACGUAUCAACGAAAGUCUGUGCCAGUUGAAGACACUUAUUCUGAAUGCCCUCAAAAAAGACACUUCCAGACAUUCCAAACUUGAGAAAGCGGAUAUUCUGGAAAUGACAGUGAAACACCUUAGGAAUCUUCAGCAACUUCAGAUGAGUGGUGCCUUAAACACGGACCCGUCAGUACUUGGCAAGUACCGGGCUGGCUUUAGCGAGUGCAUGAAUGAAGUUACGCGUUUUCUGUCAACUUGCGAAGGGGUCAACGCCGACAUAAGGACUCAACUCCUCAGUCACUUGGCGAGUUGCAUCGCGCACAUCAGUAUAAUGAACUGUCCAACACAGCACCCGGUUCCGUCUUGCACAACUCACCCCGCCUUCGGACACGGUGUCGUGCAAGUCGCGUGCGCCUCUCAGCAGCUAAACGGCGUGGUUUGCAAAAAUGGCACGACAGUGAGCAUCUCCUCGGAGGCAGCAAAGGUUUACGGUGGCUUCCAGAUAUUGCCUGCAACGGAUGGGAAAUUCGCCUUCCUGAUUCCUAGCUCUGCAUUCGUGCCAAGUGGACCGGUUCUUCCAUUCCACGGGCCAAACACGGGUGGUGCAGGAACGCUGCACGGGUCGCCUAUUGCGCAGCUGGUCCCGGGUGAUUCGGUGUGGAGACCCUGGUAGAAAAAUAGGCCACCAUUCGUUGGUUGACCUGGACACUUUGAAAGAUUACAAUAUUUUGUAAAUUCGUGUAGCCAAUAUUUUAUUUGGCACAUUAUUUUCUAUUGAGUAUGUUUUGUAUGUUGAGAUUUAUAUGAUAGAUUCUCUGAAAUGUACAGGCUAUUUUUCGUUAUAUCUCUUUUUAUUGUCAGAUUUGUUUUCGUAUGAAAAGCACUUGGGUACCCUCAAUGACGCUUACCACAUUAGCCUAAUUCAAGAAAUGAAUGCAACCUCGAAUUCCUCAUGUUGGAGAGCGUGCAGGACUGUAUGAGAGAGUUGUGCUGUAAUAUUACAACCCAGCUCUUGCUAAAUCAGGCCUAUAACUGGAAACAUUAGAUGUUGUACAUUGUAAAAUUGAGUGUUGUUACGACUUCAAAUGUAGUUGAAAUUCUGACCUCAAUUUCUGUGAAUUAAUAUAGUUUGUCAUCUUGAUUAAAUAUCCACGCUCAUGAA